AUGUGGGGCAACAUCCCACAGCAAAGCAGUCCUGAUGACAAUACAUUCACACUUAUUAGUGUUCCAAACCCAAUUCCAAUGUUCGAUUUUUACGGUCACACAGUUGUUAAGGUGGCAUGUGCAAAUGAGCAUGUUGUUGCACUAGUCAGUGCUGGUGAAAAACAUGUUGGUGAUGAUCUUGUGUGUUACACUUGGGGUAACAAUAAUCAUGGUCAACUAGGUUUGGGAGAUACAGAGAGCAGAUCACAUCCCCAGGCUGUUGCACAGUUCAGCGAGGGAUCUGCUUGGAGAGCUUAUGAUGUGGCUUGUGGAUCUUUUCACACUGUUGUACUUACUUUCAAGAAGCAACCGAGUGAUACAUUAGCUAGUGUCUGUUGGACAUUUGGCCUUGGAGAAAACGGUCAGCUUGGACAUGGUACAACCCAGAGUUCCUCACUCCCUGAACCCGCUAGAGAAUUGCCAGAAAAUGCUUAUUUUGUUUCCGUAGACUGUGGAUUGCUUCAUACAAGUGUAGUUUCAUCUGCUGGGGAAGUGUGGUCAUGGGGGAUGGAAAAGGGUCUAGGGCUUUGCCCUGAUGUGAGCUUUUCGGGUGUGGAUCAUGGAGAUGCAAUCUUGCCGCUGCAAUUCUCAUGCAAUGGGAGCAAUUUUCCUGACCCUGUAGAAGUUGCAUGUGGGGCAGCACACACUGUCCUAGUCGCAGAUGAUGGUUACAAGCUCUGGUCUUGGGGACGAGGAAGGAGUGGAGUUCUCGGUGAUGGUAAGGUUAGUGAUUCUUACUCUCCGACAAUGGUUUUGUGGCCCCCGCUAUCAGAAGAUUUCAGCGACGGUUUGAACAUAGAGUCAAAGAAGCCUAAAGAAGGAGGUGAAAAGACAGAAGUUGAUGAAAAGUUGUCUUCAGCAAUGGAAGAGAUGAAACUCUUGCAAUCAAAACUUUCGGUGAUGGAAAGUUAUGUAAGCGUUCUUCAUGGCUCACUCUUUGGGAAGCCUUUUGAAGAGAGUGAUAUUCCAGCCUCAUUGAUCGAGUCUGAUUCUUUUGAUGUUGGAAAAGCAUGGCAAGGUAUGUUGGAGGCAGCAGAUGGUAAAGAGCUAAGGCGUUUAGAAAUGUUCUACGGAAAUAUGCUAGACGGGGUCAAGGAUAAGAUAAUGAAGAGGAAAAUUCAAGAGAUUGUGAAGGAGCACCUUCAGUCUUCCAGUACUACUCAAUAUUGA